AUGAAUGCGCUUUUCAUUUUUACUUGUUGUCCCUUUUCAAGUGUCCUUCGUCACUCAUUGGCUAAAAUGUUGACAGGGGUCACGUGGCAAGUCAAUAUAGUCGUCCUGGUCUUGAUUGAAGUGAUCAUCAACCUCGUCCUCAUGCUGAUGGAAUUUAAUGUUAUCAAAGACGAAACUCACGUGUCCCGGUAUCUGCUUCAUUUUGUUGGCUUGUCCAUCCUCGCCAUCUUCGUGUUUGAGGUUUUUCUCAAGUUUUAUGCAAUGGGAUGUGAGUACUUUAUGAAAGAGAAACUGGAGUUAUUUGAUGCAUUUAUCGUGGUAUCGGCGUUUGUAAUCGAAAUAGUGUUAAGCGUCAUCCGUGCAAAGAAGGCAUGGAAAGGCUUUGCUUUCAUCAUAGUUCUUCGGUUGUGGAGAGUUUUAAGGGUCAUUGUCAUGGUAUUCACCUUCAAAGAGGAAUUGUAUGAGUUGAUUGAAGAUGACGUCGACGCUCCCAAACAAGAAAUCAAAGACGAGGAAAACAAAGAGGCUGGGAAAAGUAAAGAUGAACCAAAACACUGAGGAGUUACAAUUGAAUUCAAACGGAAAAAAGUUGAAAAUAUAAGUGAAAUAAACUUUCGCACUGCUACCGAUUACCUUUGGGUGCUUUUCAAUCAAUUGCUGUAAUACAGCCUGCUCCGUGUGUUCAAUUGGUAAAACGAAGCGAAAUAAUAAACGGCGCAAUAGUA